UACCCUCACAAAAAUAUGCCUAGAGAAUGCCAGAGGUCAGAAUACCACGUGUUCCAACCUUUGACCUCAUCUCCUCAAGGUUAUGGUCGCCAAGACCUCAGCUCUGAGAACCAAAAUUACAAGGGCCAUGGAUUGUCAAAGGGAAAAGAGCGAGAGCAGAGAGCAUCCAUCCGGUUCAAGACCACCCUCAUGAACACACUCAUGGACGUCCUUCGCCACAGGCCAGGAUGGGUGGAAGUGAAGGAUGAAGGGGAGUGGGAUUUCUACUGGUGUGACGUCAGCUGGCUCCGGGAGAACUUCGACCACACCUACAUGGACGAACAUGUGCGGAUCAGUCACUUCCGGAACCACUAUGAGCUGACCCGGAAGAACUACAUGGUGAAGAACCUGAAGCGGUUUCGGAAGCAGCUGGAGCGUGAGGCAGGAAAGCUGGAGGCAGCCAAGUGUGACUUCUUCCCCAAAACCUUUGAGAUGCCUUGCGAGUACCACCUGUUUGUGGAGGAGUUUCGCAAAAACCCAGGAAUCACCUGGAUCAUGAAGCCUGUAGCCCGGUCGCAGGGGAAAGGCAUCUUCCUCUUCCGCAGGCUGAAGGACAUCAUGGACUGGAGGAAGGACACAAGAAGCUCUGACAACCAGAAAGAUGAUAUUCCCGUGGAGAACUAUGUGGCUCAGCGUUACAUUGAAAAUCCCUACCUGAUAGGAGGCCGCAAGUUUGACCUGCGUGUCUAUGUGCUGGUGAUGUCGUACAUCCCACUGCGGGCCUGGCUCUACCGGGAUGGCUUUGCCCGAUUCUCCAACACCCGCUUCACGCUGAACAGCAUUGAUGACCAGUAUGUUCACCUCACCAACGUGGCUGUGCAAAAAACAUCUCCUGACUACCACCCAAAGAAGGGCUGCAAGUGGAUGCUGCAGCGCUUCCGGCAGUACCUGGCAUCCAAACACAGGCCCGAGGCAGUGGAGACGCUCUUCAGGGACAUCGACAACAUCUUUGUCAAAAGCCUGCAGAGUGUGCAGAAGGUGAUCAUCAGUGACAAGCACUGCUUUGAGCUGUACGGCUAUGACAUACUCAUCGACCAGGACCUCAAGCCGUGGCUCCUGGAGGUCAAUGCGUCCCCAUCACUGACAGCCAGCAGCCAGGAAGAUUAUGAGCUCAAGACCUGCCUCCUGGAAGACACCCUGCAUGUCGUGGACAUGGAAGCGAGGCUCACAGGAAGGGAGAAGCGAGUUGGGGGCUUUGACCUCAUGUGGAAUGAUGGCCCUGUUAGCAGAGAAGAGGGGGCUCCUGACCUGUCGGGAAUGGGAAACUUUGUGACCAACACACACCUCGGCUGCGUCAACGAUCGGAAGAAACAACUGAGGCAGCUCUUCUGCUCCCUUCAACUUCAGAAGAAAGCUUCCAGUUGAUCCCCAGCUGCCAGGAGGAAAUCAGCCUUAGCAGGUGCUACCCAGGCCUCUCCCCGACUCCCAGAUCCCAGCACAGCACCUCACAGCAUUCGCCUCCCCACCUCCAGCC